AUCACUAGAGAGUGGGAAGGGCAGCAGCAGCAAAAGAGAAUCCAAACCCCAAAGCUGAUAUCUCAAAGUAUCUUUUCUUGAAGUUGAGGGCUCAGAGGGGAGCCAUCAUGAGCGAUGUUACCAUUGUGAAAGAAGGUUGGGUUCAGAAGAGGGGAGAAUAUAUAAAAAACUGGAGGCCAAGAUACUUCCUUUUGAAGACAGAUGGCUCAUUCAUAGGAUAUAAGGAGAAACCUCAAGAUGUGGAUUUACCUUAUCCCCUUAACAACUUUUCAGUGGCAAAAUGCCAGCUUAUGAAAACAGAACGACCAAAGCCAAAUACAUUUAUUAUCAGAUGCCUCCAGUGGACCACUGUUAUAGAACGAACAUUUCAUGUGGAUACUCCAGAGGAAAGGGAAGAAUGGACAGAAGCUAUCCAGGCUGUAGCAGACAGACUUCAGAGGCAAGAAGAGGAGAGGAUGAACUGUAGUCCGACUUCACAAAUUGACAAUAUAGGAGAGGAGGAAAUGGAUGCUUCUACAACACAUCAUAAAAGAAAGACAAUGAAUGACUUUGACUAUUUGAAACUACUGGGUAAAGGCACUUUUGGGAAAGUGAUUUUGGUUCGAGAGAAGGCAAGUGGAAAAUAUUAUGCUAUGAAGAUUUUGAAGAAAGAAGUAAUUAUUGCAAAGGAUGAAGUGGCACAUACUCUAACAGAAAGCAGAGUAUUAAAAAACACUAGGCACCCCUUUUUAACAUCCUUGAAAUAUUCCUUCCAGACAAAAGAUCGUUUGUGUUUUGUGAUGGAGUAUGUUAAUGGAGGGGAGCUGUUUUUCCAUUUGUCGAGAGAGCGGGUGUUCUCUGAGGACCGCACACGCUUCUAUGGUGCAGAAAUUGUCUCUGCUUUGGACUAUCUACAUUCCGGAAAGAUUGUGUACCGUGAUCUCAAGUUGGAAAAUUUGAUGUUGGAUAAAGAUGGCCACAUAAAAAUUACAGAUUUUGGACUUUGCAAAGAAGGGAUCACAGAUGCGGCUACAAUGAAGACAUUUUGUGGUACACCUGAGUACCUUGCACCUGAGGUAUUAGAAGAUAAUGACUAUGGUCGUGCGGUGGACUGGUGGGGUUUGGGGGUUGUCAUGUAUGAAAUGAUGUGUGGGAGAUUACCAUUCUACAACCAGGAUCAUGAGAAACUUUUUGAGCUAAUACUAAUGGAGGACAUUAAAUUUCCUCGAACUCUUUCUUCUGAUGCAAAAUCCUUACUUUCAGGACUCUUAAUAAAAGAUCCAAAUAAACGCCUUGGCGGAGGUCCAGAUGAUGCAAAAGAAAUUAUGAGGCAUAGUUUCUUUGUUGGAGUAAACUGGCAAGAUGUAUAUGAUAAAAAGCUGGUACCUCCUUUUAAACCUCAAGUAACGUCUGAGACAGAUACCAGAUAUUUUGAUGAAGAAUUUACAGCUCAGACAAUUACAAUAACACCGCCUGAAAAAUAUGAUGAGGAUGGUAUGGACUGCAUGGACAAUGAGAGACGGCCACAUUUCCCACAGUUUUCCUACUCAGCAAGUGGACGAGAAUAAUCCUCUCGAGUUCUGCUGCAUCACUGUCAUCCUAGGGUUAUUAUCAAAAAUGAUUCCUGGGCGUCACCACCAGUACUAGCUAUUCGCUAAGAUAGCAGGAGCACUUUCAGACGUCGUCCCAAAUUGAACGAGAUCCUUCAUCCCUCUCCACCCCUGCCCCCAGCCCCUUCUCCCCUCUCCAGCCCUCUCUUACAAACAUUCUCACAGGCACGCACACACACAGAGACACAAACACACUUGCCUUUUUGUUUUUGCAUGAAAUUUUAUCUCAGUCUAAGGUCUCAUGCUAUUGCUGCUACCGUCUCACUAUUAUAGCAACUUUAAGAAGUAAUUUUACAAUCUUUGGAAGUCAUGAGUCCUCCGUUGUACGUUUGUGCACCAAUUGUCAUCUUUUGUUUUUCCCUCACCUCAGAGGUUAAAAAAGAGAUAAAUUGGUUAUAGAUGCAUUUCUUAACUUUCUAGAAGGUGAAUCAGAAUAUUAAUUAGACUAAGAAGACUUAGUUCCUCACGUUUUCUUGCAUCUGUUUGUGCUGGUCCAAAUAAGCAAUUUGGAGAGGGUGGUGAUGUGCUUAUGCAAAGCUUGGGUUAGGGCAUAUAAGUACUUGAAGCAGGUAUAUGUCAUUAACAUCUGGCUGGAAUUCAUUUGGAAAGCAUUUGAGCAAAGGACUUAACUGUUGAUAUAUAUAUCUAUAUAUAUACAUAUAUGCACAUAUAUGUAUAUAUAUACACACGCAUACACACAC